AUGACAAAACCAAAAACCAACCGUAUUAACAAAGACCAGUUGAAAAAUGCCACAAUUAAACCCAGAACCAGAGAUCUUGUUAAAUGUAAUUGUACAUGGCAUUGUGAAGGUGGUCAUUGGGUAGAUCCAAGGACUCGAGCUAAGCAUCAAAAGGAGUUAGAAGCCAAAUCUGUCAGGAGCUUACUAGAAAAACAAAAGUAUAAAAGUGAUUCAGUUGAACCAAAUUUAUCUGGUAAUGAUUUUUCUAAUAGCUUUUUCAAAGAUGAUAUAGUAGCUGAUUUGAAUAAAACAGAAUUAGAGGAAUAA